CGAUGUUGUUGUUGUUGCGUUUGUUUGAUUCUCUUUGUCUGUGUCUCACUUUGUUUCUGGUUCAUAAUAAGACCUUGAACUGAUAUCGGGUCAUCAUCAUGUGAACUGUUGCUACUCUGUGUUUCGUUUUUUUUUUUGUGUUAUGAAACUAUGGCUUCUGUUGUUUUUGUUUUCUCGAUAUUAAAUAUCAAAAGUCAUUGCCGACAAGUAAAAAUAUUUUGUGGUUAAAGCCUGAUUCGAUUUUUAUAUUGAAUAUUUUAUAAUUAAAAAAACAAAAAAAUUAAUCAGUUUUGUAAUAGGAAUGGGUUAAUAAGAGACCUAUAUAUACAUUACUCAGCUUUUUUGGUUUAACAUCAUAAAUUAACAACCAAGAAGCAAUGUCAAGCGCUACAGGCCCUAGGAGUACAUGGAGGAUGGACGGGCAGUUACGAUACGACAUUGCGAUGAACACCAUCAUUAUAAUCCUCAUCACUGAUGCGGUCUUACAUAUGACUCUGAGAGCCCACAAGAUUCCCCUUGCUGAUAACGUUGAGGGACUUUUAUGUACGUUCGUAGUUGCGUACGUGUUUGUCAUCACGACUAAUUGCGGGUAUUGGCUUACAGCAAGCGAGGAAGAAGUGUGUUUACUUGGAAUUUACAUCAUGGGACGCCUUGGUCACACGUUAGGCUUUUGUAUUUUCCUCUGUCUCCUCUAUUCUAUUUCUCACUUGGCUAUGUACGUUGCUCUACCUUGUUUACUAUGGUUGGUGCCAGCCAUGUUUGCACCGUGUUGUCCAUGUCUGUGGACCGGAGAGUCAACUUGGUGGAAUUUUGUGAAGCAACCACAACCAACAGUAGAUAUUGUUUAACUUUUUUAAGAUUACACAAUUUUUGAUCUUCCAUGAUGAGAA